AUGCCUACCAUGUUCAAUAUCACCUUGAAGCAGGGCGCUUCUCCCGAGCAGAUUGACAAAGCCAAGGAGAGCGCCAAAUCGCAGGGCGGGACCAUCAAGCACGAGUUCACCUUGAUCAAAGGCUUCACUGUUGAGUUCCCCAACGACACCGUCCAUACCCUCCAGACCGAUGACCAUAUCCACGUUGAGCAGGAUGGGGAAGCAAGAACUCAGUAG